AUAGAUUGUUCCAAACAAUAGACGGAGACAGAAAUGACGUCCUAAAUGUUAACUGGACGCGCAGGGAACCGUGGGAAUCUCGCCUGAGUAUAAAUGGUCCCUUCCUCUUCUGUGGAGUCAGUACAGGCUGGUUGUUGAGCGCACAGGGCCGUCACUCGGGUUGGUCUUCCGUGUGAAAUGCGAUAUCACCGGCGAUCGCCACUUGACCGGAGGGGUUGAACCGCGCGCUUACAGCAUGCGCGCCCUGUCAGCAGCCAACAUCUGUUCCGGGAAUUGGAUCGAGCAAGGGCGUGCGGAAUUUUUCAUUUUUACUCAAAGGACGGUGAACGAAGUACUUUUCUUUUGAGACAAUCAUUUGUCCAUAUAAGCGCUUUAUGAUAUUAAAAUAUUGCGCUUAAAAAAAUCGAGCAAAACAGAUGAAGAGGUAUAAGAGGAUUUGGGACUGACUUGAGCCCACCAUCCCAGAGAGGCGAUUAUAUUGUUCUAAUCAAGACUAAAGAAAUGCACAUUCGUCGUCACAUUUUUCCAGCACUUCUUGACUAAGCUGUUCGGAGAGCACCGAACAGUCUUGAGUGUCCUGCGCAAAGGUGUCCCGUCUGGGUGUCACCACACGCGCGUAACGGCAUGCGCUUUGAGGACUACUGAGGUGGUGCCAGUGACUGAUAAAAACGAAACGUUCGGAUCAGCGAUGAUGCCCGAAGUGCCGAGUCUGUGCACUGGAUGUGGAUGUAUUCAGUCCUAAAGUUGCCAAGGAACGUUGAAGAAAAACCCCAAGAUGGCAAAGCUUCUUCGGCUCACACUAGUGGUGAUAUACAUGCAGAUGGUGUCUUGCACUGCUGAUCAGGACCUUGUCCAAGGCGUCGUGGAAUGGAGCCAGACCCAGACCCAUGAGCAGGCACCGCCGCAGAGAGCCCUGAAGCCCGGAUCACUGCGGCUCUUUGCCCAGCCGCCCCCGCCGCACGAAGAGCCCAGCCCGAACGGCACGACGCGGCUGGAGGACGGCCCGCAGGAGCGCUGGGCGUGGCUGGCCAACCUGACGGGCGCCGACGAGACCCUGGCGCGCUCCAAGCGGCGCCCCAUCGUCAAGACGGGCAAGUUCAAGAAGAUGUUCGGCUGGGGGGACUUCCACUCCAACAUCAAGACGGUCAAAGUCAACCUGCUCAUCACCGGCAAGAUCGUCGACCACGGCAACGGCACGUUCAGCGUCUACUUCCGCCACAACUCCACCGGCCAGGGCAACGUCUCCGUCAGCCUGGUGCCGCCCAACAAGGCCGUGGAGUUCCAGAGCCAGCUGCGCGAGCUCGCCGCCAUGGAGACGCAGGACUCCAUGGCCAAGGGCUUCAACUGCCGCAUCGAGUACGAGAAGACGGACCGCAGCAAGCGCACGUCGCUGUGCAGCACCGACCAGUCGCGCGUCUGCUACCAGGAGCAGACGCAGAGCCACCUGUCCUGGCUCUGCUCCAAGCCCUUCAAGGUCAUCUGCAUCUACAUCGACUUCUCCAGCGAAGACUACCGGCUGGUGCAGAAGGUCUGCCCGGACUACAACUACCACAGCGACACGCCCUACACCUCCAUGGGGUAGCGUGGAGCCCCCAACCCCCCCCACCUUGCGCACC